UGGGUUAUAAACCAACCAAAAAAGUUUCUGUAGGGGCUAACCUAUAUUGCAAAAUAUAAUUUCAAACAAUAUUUUCCUUUUGAAUUCAAAAUGUCCGCAGCUUUUAAGUUUUCCGGAGCCCUAAAAGAAUUGAGGUUACAUUUAUGCCAAAGUAGUGCGACUAGCAAAGGCGUAAGAGAAUUUAUCGAAAAAUAUUAUGUGGAACUAAAGUCUAACAAUCCGAGAUUUCCGAUUUUAAUUAGGGAAUGUUCCGGAGUGGAACCAAAGCUUUGGGCGAGAUUCGAGCAUGGUAAAGAGAAGGCUAUCCUUUUGAAAGAUUUAUCUUCUAGUGACGUUUUGUCGCAAGUAAAGUCAGUGGCAAGCUAAAAGCUUUCUAGAAUUCUAUUGAAAUAUUUGUUGAUCAGUAAUGUAGAAGUUGAUAAUUUGCGUUUUUAUAUCUUCAUUUUGCAGUUGUAAUACAACUUUAUAUGUGUUGUUUUUGGUUUGAAAUAAAAAACUCUAAUGAUGGAAAUGGAGUAAACUAACUUGAACUUGUUAUGAAACAAUAAUAAAUGAUUUGCCCAUGGAUGUAAUCUCGAAAU